AAAUAGGAUGCAUUUGGCACUAGGUUAUUGCCUCCCUUUACUGCAGAAAACGGACCAACGGUGGUGUAUCAACCAUUUGUUAAAUCUACGACGCAUAAUAUUGAUAUAUUAUAUCAACUGAGUGCUGAAAGGGUGUCAACAAAUCCCCGUAAAAGGCAAGCAGCAGGUUGGCAGCUGAAGGGCGCCAGCGGUUUGCCAGGAUUCCCACUGGAUAUGUUCACUUAACUGCGUGGUUGAGUUUGGUCUGGGAGCGCAGUCGCUCGCUAGGAACACAUCCAUGUGAUUGAAUUCCACCUACAUUCACUUGGUCGAAAGAAACGAACGAACAACGAGGAAUAAGAUUGACUAGCCUAUAUCGGUGCGACUGUCAGAAUUGAUCAUCAUUGAUUACCAAUGGUCAAUACUACAGAACCAAUUUGUUUACGCCACCUGAGAUUUGACUAUUGAUGGAACAUUUGUUUACAUAACUCAGAAUAACGACAUUUUGUGCGUGCCAUUUGGAUUGAACUAGACAUCCUCUACUAGUCUACCACAUUUGCACGCGCACGUCUCUUGAACGGGCCAGGAAGGAUUUUGAAUAACCGUUUCUUUUGUGUUGGUAUAUCAAACAGCAGUCAAGACGAAAUCCUUCAAGAAUCCUUGCGCCGGCCGUCAGUGCGCGCGUGCUUUUGGAAACAUGGGUUGUACACUAAGUGCAGAAGAUAAAGCGGCCGCGGAGAGAUCAAAGAUGAUUGAUAAAAAUCUCCGCGAGGAUGGAGAGAAGGCGGCAAGGGAGGUGAAACUGCUCUUACUAGGUGCCGGGGAGUCUGGGAAAAGCACCAUCGUCAAGCAGAUGAAGAUCAUCCAUGAGGAUGGCUACUCAGAAGACGAGUGUAAGCAGUACAGAGCUGUGGUCUACAGCAACACCAUCCAGUCCAUCAUGGCUAUCAUCAAGGCCAUGGGCAACCUCAAGAUCGACUACACAGAGGCCUCCAGAGAGGAGGAUGCCCGCCAGCUCUUUGCCCUGUCGGCUGCUGCUGAGGCGCAGGGUAUCCUGCCCGACGACCUGUCCAAAGUGAUCCGCCGCCUGUGGGCCGACAGUGGGGUGCAAGGCUGCUUCACGCGCUCCCGGGAGUACCAGCUCAACGACUCAGCUGCAUACUACCUGAACGAAAUGGAGAGGAUAGCCAAAUCAGACUACAUCCCCACACAGCAGGAUGUGCUGCGGACCAGAGUCAAGACCACCGGCAUCGUGGAGACACACUUCACCUUCAAGGACCUGCACUUCAAGAUGUUUGACGUGGGCGGCCAGCGCUCAGAGAGGAAGAAAUGGAUCCACUGCUUUGAAGGAGUCACAGCCAUCAUCUUCUGUGUGGCGCUGAGUGCUUAUGACCUGGUGCUGGCUGAGGAUGAGGAGAUGAACCGGAUGCAUGAGAGCAUGAAGCUGUUUGACUCCAUCUGCAACAACAAGUGGUUCACAGAGACCUCCAUCAUCCUCUUCCUCAACAAGAAGGAUCUGUUUGAGGAGAAGAUUACAUGCAGCCCCCUGGCUAUCUGCUACCCCGAGUACACAGGAGCCAACAAAUAUGACGAGGCAGCCAGUUACAUCCAGACCAAGUUUGAGGACCUGAACAAGAAGAAGGACACCAAGGAGAUCUACACCCACUUCACUUGUGCCACCGACACCAAGAACGUCCAGUUUGUCUUCGACGCGGUCACCGACGUCAUCAUCAAGAACAACCUGAAGGACUGUGGUCUCUUCUAGAGGCGGGGCCAGAGGGGGCAGGCCAGAGGAGGAGCUAAGGAGUACAGCCCAGAGAGCCUGCUGCCUGGGGGAUAGAGAGAAAGAAAAUGGGUAGACCCACCACCGUCACAGACACACCACCGUCACAGACACACCGCCGUCACAGACACAACACCGUCACAGACACACCACCGUCACAGACACACUGUACUGACACUUUUCUAUAUGAAAACAAACAUAACAGACUGAGAACUUGGGAAACAAAGCCUUGCAGAAUUAUUCCAACAAUCACUGAUUCUCAACCGUCAUGUCCUCCUCUCCCACUUGUGGUUUUUGUGUGUGUUUGUUUAUUUUCUUUGUAUGUUAGAUAUUUAGUUUGAUAGGGGUCUCUUUUUUUAUUGAUAUCUGGCAAGUCUAAAUUUGAUCUCAGAUAUAUAAUUUUUUGCUUGUAUCUUUGUUGUUUAUAACUAUUAUCAGAGGUUAGAAAUGCAUUCACUUUACUUUAACAUGUGUCUGCUUUUUAUGAAACUUUAAAUUGCAUUAAGCUUAUAUUUUAAAGGGAAACAAGCAUGGACAUAAAUUGUGAGGAUUUUUGGGGGGAUAAUGUUUACAUAAUGCCAACAAGGGUUGGGGUCAAUUCCAUUUAAAUUCCAUUCAAUUUAGAAUGGAAACCAAAUUCCAAUUUCAAAUAUUCUUCA